AGGUAACCGUCCAAUGGGAGCCACCUUGGUCUUAGGCACAGAAGCCGUUUGGCCUCACCUGAGGACUCCACCCUUUUGCUGGGUAUCCAGGAAGGGGUCUUAGGUCCGCGAGCCCUGCCUUGCUGCUAGGUAACGCGGUGGGCUGCCGCAGUUGCCGGAUAACCGACUGCACGACCCUCAUCCCCACCCCUGUGAGUUGGGGGUUUUAGGCCUCUGUGAGGCCCGGGGCAACCGAGGCGGUGAAGAGCGUUGGCCGCAGCUGGCUGGGAAGCCAAUCCUGGCGCCAAGGGGCUGCGCGACCCUUGACCAGAGGUGGUGAAGCGUGUCGGGGACAGUGUACCUUUGGGCCAGUGCCGCCCUCUGGGAGCUCGGCCCGUUCUGUUUAUCCAGCGAUUUUUGUGUUUUAGUCCUUUGAAGCAAUUUCUUAAUGUGACACUUGAGUUACCAGGGUUAGGUGAGGUGGUUGGCGGGAGUGCUAUUUUCGCUGAGGGAGAGACUGAGACACAGAGAGGUGAUACAAAGCGCCCAGAGUCACAUCGGUCACAGAAGAGUGGCAGGUCUAGGAGCUGAACCCAGAGUCGUUUGUUCAUUUAGCUGAUAUUUGAGGAGCACUUACUAAAUGCCAAGCAGGGUGCUAAGCUUCAAGCUGCCUUUGGUGAGAGAAACCAGAGUCAGUUCCUGAACCUGGUCCUUCUGGAGCCCACGAUCUGGUGCUCAUCUGCCGGAACUACCGUGGCGAUGUGGACAUGUCAGAGGUGGAGCACUUCAUGCCCAUCCUGAUGGAGAAGGAGGAGGAGGGCAUGCUGUCGCCCAUCCUGGCCCACGGGGGAGUACGCUUCAUGUGGAUCAAGCACAACAACCUGUAUCUGGUCGCCACCUCCAAGAAGAACGCAUGCGUGUCACUGGUGUUCUCCUUCCUCUAUAAGGUGGUGCAGGUAUUUUCAGAAUACUUCAAGGAGCUGGAGGAGGAGAGCAUUCGAGACAACUUCGUCAUCAUCUACGAGCUGCUGGACGAGCUCAUGGACUUCGGCUACCCCCAGACCACAGACAGCAAGAUCCUACAGGAGUACAUCACUCAGGAAGGCCACAAGCUGGAAACGGGGGCCCCGCGGCCCCCGGCCACUGUCACCAACGCAGUGUCCUGGCGCUCCGAGGGCAUCAAGUACCGGAAGAAUGAGGUGUUCUUGGAUGUCAUCGAGUCUGUCAAUCUCUUGGUCAGCGCCAACGGGAACGUCCUGCGCAGUGAGAUCGUAGGCUCCAUCAAGAUGCGCGUUUUCCUGUCCGGCAUGCCCGAGCUGCGCCUGGGCCUCAACGACAAGGUCCUCUUCGACAACACGGGCCGUGGCAAAAGCAAGUCCGUGGAGCUGGAGGACGUGAAGUUCCACCAGUGCGUGCGGCUGUCGCGCUUUGAGAAUGACCGCACCAUCUCCUUCAUCCCACCCGACGGCGAGUUCGAGCUCAUGUCCUACCGCCUCAACACCCACGUCAAGCCCUUGAUCUGGAUUGAGUCCGUGAUUGAAAAGCAUUCCCACAGCCGCAUCGAGUACAUGAUCAAGGCCAAGAGCCAGUUCAAGCGGCGAUCAACAGCCAACAACGUGGAAAUCCACAUCCCUGUCCCCAAUGAUGCUGACUCACCCAAGUUCAAGACGACAGUGGGGAGCGUCAAGUGGGUGCCCGAGAACAGUGAGAUCGUGUGGUCCAUCAAGUCCUUCCCGGGCGGCAAGGAGUACCUGAUGCGGGCCCACUUUGGCCUGCCCAGCGUGGAGGCAGAAGACAAGGAGGGCAAGCCCCCGAUCAGUGUCAAGUUCGAGAUCCCCUACUUCACUACCUCUGGCAUCCAGGUGCGUUACCUGAAGAUCAUCGAGAAGAGUGGCUACCAGGCCUUACCGUGGGUCCGUUAUAUCACUCAGAACGGAGAUUACCAGCUCCGGACGCAGUGAGGGGCCGCGGUGGCCCACGCUCCCAGCACGGGGCCCCUGGUGGAAGCGCCUGCCCAGCCUGCCGGGGGGAGGGGCCCCCCUGGACCCCGGCGCCCCUCCAGGCCCCACCCAGGGGCCCCCCUUCUCCAGGCUCACCUGCUCUGCCAUCUCCACUCACCUCCCGGGUCCCCUUUUCCCAGAAGAGGCUCGUCUUGAAGAGGUCUUGUCUCUCAGCCCCUGAGUCAGUCUGGGGGGCAGGAAAGACAUCGUUCCCUCCAGAGGUCAAAUACAGCCUUCUGUGCUGUCCAGCUCCCAGCCACACAAGACUGGGAAGCGCUGCCCAGGCCGCUCUUCAGCCAGGCUGGGGGGCCGCCGUUGUGUCGCCAUUCUGUUGCACGUUGUGGGUUUAUCGAGCAUUCCUAGGUUUUGUCUCGGCCUGUCGCUGGUUACGUGGCCCUCACCGUCUGCACCUUCCUCCCCUGGCCUGAAGCUCUCAGGCAGCACUUAGCGAGGACAGGCUUCCCCGUCCUCGCCCUUCUCCCCUGUGAGGCUGUCGCCGGGCCACCUUCCCAGCGCCUGGCCCUCCGCCUAGAGGCUCCUGGUCUGGAGCUUUGAAUAGGGACGCCUUCUCAGGGCCAGCCCGUGCCGCGUGACGCUGUCCCUCAGCCACAGCAGUGUUUGUCCCACCAGGGGAAGCGGGCUCCGGUGCGGGCCCCCAGCCUCAGAGGGUGGGGCCACAGGCCAUCCCCAUGUGUGCUUGGACACCGCCCCCCCGCCCUGUCCGUGUUUGUGUCAUGAGUACAUUAAACGCCAUCGGUUCAACAUGC